AUGCAUAAACUUUUUUGUGAUGCUCUGUGUAUUCAUGUGAGUGUGGAUGGGUACUUUUGGUCAGGGUUCAACAGUGCUGAGCUAUCCACCGUAGCUACACUCAUUGCUCCCUAUGGUGAUAUUUGGCAAGUGGGAUUGAAGAAAGCUGAUAACAACAUUUGGUUUCGUAACGGUUGGCAGGAUUUUGCUGAAUACCAUUCUAUUUGUUAUGGUUAUUUUUUAGUUUUCAGAUAUGAAAGAAAUUCAAGCUUUCAUGUUCUUAUAUUUGAUAAGACUGCCACUGAGAUUCAAUAUCCACCUAGGAAGAAUUGUAAAUUGGAAGAUCAUCAGGUAGAAAUAAUAGACUUAGAUGAAGAUGAUACAAACAUAUCUUCCUCAAUGUACAGACCCACAGAACAUGAAGUCAGAGAAAAGUUUGUUCUGAAAAAAUUACUGAUUAUGUCUAGAGGAAGCGAGAGAGCAAUCCAAGCAGCCGAAAAGUUCAAGCCUAAAAAUCCUUCUUUCAUGGCAAUGAGAUUCGGGAAGGGAUGGGUUGCAUUUUCGAAAGACAAUAAUUUAGAAGAAGGAGAUGUCUGUGUCUUCGAGGUGAUCGAAAGGAAGCCUGUUGUGCUUAGUGUCUUAAUAUUUCACAUGGGUGACCAUCAGAGUUUGGACUAG